AAUUAGAACUUUAAAAAAAUCCAUUUCACAUAUUAAAAAAAUAAUUAUGUUCUAACAAUAUAUUAUAGAUUACAAUGUUUAUUUUUUAAAAAUGUCCAAUACUAGUAGUAGUGAUACAGAUGAGUUUUUUGAUGCUGAAGAUUUUGCAGUUCGUGAUCAAAAUGAACAAUCCAAACAAACGGUCAAAACAGAAAAAGAACUUUUGGAAGAAAAAAAAAAAAAUAUGACAUUCAAAAUAUCAAGUGCUCCCAAAUCGGUUUCAGAGCACAAUGGUCGCCAUAAAUUCAAUGAAAUUCGGCAGCACAUGCAAAUCGAUGAAGACGAAAUGCAAGCAGUAUCUCCAACUGAAAGUCAAACCUCAUCAGCUGAUGGAGUAUUCUUAGCACCUUCACAUAGACCUAGUCAUCCUUUUAGAGUUAUUGAGCCUGAUGGAGCAUCUGUGCAAAGUAUAUUAUCCUUGGGCAAAGUUGGUCGAUUAUUGGGGAGCGUUCCUACAGAUCAUUUCAUAGGAAAAGAAUCUGCUCUGCGGCCAUCAGAAAACAAUAAAUUAUCUGAACCAGCAGACACACCUGUUUCUGUUGAAGAUAAACCUAUUGUACCUCCUGAACCUUUCACAGCUUUCCAUGAGCCUGAUGUAAUUUUAAGCACAAAAUCUUCAAAUAAUGGUACUGUUAGUAUAGAUACUAAUAGACCUAUUGCCCCUCCAAGACGACGAAAACUCAAACAAGUAAACAUUACAAUUGAAAACGAUGGUGCUAAAAUAGAAGAUAAUUCAAAUAAAUUGAAUAUUGAAAAAGAUGAAACUAGUGUCAAUUGUUUAACGAGUCCAGUGAGUACUAUAGAAUCACUGACAAGAGAAUUAGAGCAUUCGUUAGAUCUUCAUUCUGCUACCAAAGGUCAAUAUAUUGUAAAUCAUCAUGUUAGAGAAAAACCAGUUCUUAAUAUGAUUAAAGAAGCAAUUGAAGAAGUGAAAGAAAAAUCUAAAACAAUGGCUUCGCAUAGUAAUACCUACCCAAUGGCUGGUCCAAGUGGUAUAGCUUCUAAUCGAUCUUGUAAUCGUGUUGCUUCACGGGAACGUCGAAGAUCAGCUGGCGAUGAACAGGAGUUAAGAGAUCAGCAGCUAAAUAUGUUUUUAAAAACUCAUACGGAUUCCGGGAAAAAAUUAACUGAUAUAGAAAUAUUGGAACAAAUAACUGUGUUAAAUUUGGAUACCGGGGAAAGAGUUCCACUAAGUAUAGCUGAAGAUAAAUUACCACAAUGCAUUAACCCAUUAUCUCUACAUAUAAUGCGCUUGACAUCAGAAUAUGUAAGCACUCCCAAUUUAGAUUCCCAUUCAUUUAGAACAAAUUCUAUUAAGAAACUUAAAGAAUCUGAUGAAGAAAGCAUUGGCAGUAAAUCUAAUGAUACAGUAGCUACUGGACGAGAUGACCCUGUUGAUGAAUCUGCUAUACGUCGUCGCACAGCAAGAAUCAAACGAUUUUUGGGUACAACUGUCAAAAAAACUGUAAAUAAAGCUAGAACUAUCGCACACGAAGUAUCACAUGUAAGGCACAAAGAAGACGUUAUGGAUAUUGUAGAUUUAGUAGAAAGGCCACAACCUGCAACUGACGUUCCUAAUGCUCCUCAAGUUAAUGAAACAUUCAAAUUGAGAGCAUCAAAUAGCCAUAAAGGACCCUAUGAAUUUGAUUCUGUUCAGCAUGUUCAAGAAUUCUGUCAUGAACAUACUGGUCCUGUAUGGUGUAUGAAAUUUUCUAUGUGUGGUAGACUAUUGGCUACUGCUGGACAAGACCGUGUACUUCGAGUUUGGGUUUUGCGAGAUGCUUAUAAAGAUUUUCAUGAAAUGCGAAAAAAAUAUGAUGCUGAUAAAGUUUCACCAACCCCGUCAACAGAGUCUUUAGUUUCUCAACUCUCAGUAGAUGAUCAAUCAUUUUCAGCUGAUCCAGACGAUCGUGGGCCGUUUAUGUCACGUCCAUUUUGUACUUACACCGGACAUCGUUCUGAUUUGCUGGAUAUAGCUUGGUCAAAAAAUUACUUUGUCCUGUCAUCAUCAAUGGAUAAAACUGUUAGGCUAUGGCAUAUAAGCAGAAGAGAAUGUUUAUGUUGUUUUCAACAUAUUGAUUUUGUAACAGCUAUAUGUUUUCAUCCGCGCGAUGAUCGUUAUUUUUUGAGUGGGUCGCUGGAUGGAAAACUUCGUCUUUGGAAUAUUCCUGAUAAGAAAGUAGCUGUUUGGAAUGAAGUUGAAGGGCAGACUAAGCUCAUAACCGCCGCAAAUUUUUGUCAGAAUGGUAAAUUUGCUGUUGUAGGUUCAUAUGAUGGUCGGUGUAUAUUUUACACAACAGAUCAAUUACGUUAUCAUACCCAAAUACACGUACGUUCUACAAGAGGCCGAAAUUCAACGGGGCGUAAAAUUAGUGGUAUUGAACCAAUGCCUGGUGAAGAUAAAGUGUUGGUAACUUCAAAUGACAGUCGCAUUAGAUUAUAUGAUCUCAGAGACUUAAAUCUGUCUUGCAAGUAUAAGGGCUAUGUUAAUAUAAGUAGUCAAAUUAAAGCUAGCUUCAGUCACGAUGGCAAAUACAUUGUAUGUGGGUCAGAAAACCAGUGCAUAUAUGUUUGGAAAACCCAUCAUGACUAUUCAAAAUUCACAUCAGUUAGACGAGAUCGUAACGAUUACUGGGAAGGAAUCAAAGCUCAUAAUGCUGUUGUGACAUGUGCAAUUUUUGCCCCUAAUCCAGAAGUGGUGUUUAGACAAAUGAAAACAGAUGAAAACAGUGGCCAAGAUGGAUAUGUUUUUGUAAGCGCAGAUUUUAAUGGUUGUAUACGUGUAUUUGUCAAUCGAAUGAAACCUAAACAUAGUUCGUUACCAGCCAGUGCUAUGGCAUAAUUUUAUUCAACCGGAAUUGGAAUUUUUAUUUUAAUAUUACAAUUUUAUGCUUGGCUUUCUAAUGUAAAUAAAAAAAACUUCUAUUGUUGAAAUAAAUUUUAUAUGUUAUAUGUUUUAUUAAUUAGUGACAAUUUUAACUAUUAGAAAAUAAUAAAUAUACUAUCAUAGUAAUUAUUAGCAGAUGGUGAGGUAUAAUUAAUUUUAAUUUGUUACCAUUAUUUUAUAACAAAAUGUAUUUUGAAUCAAUUCGGCUUCUGGUAAUAUUGUUUUUAUGAAUGUUAAAUAUUUUUUAAUACAUUGUCAACAAAAUAAUAUCUACUCUUCAGUUUUUUAUUUAUUUACAUAAUAUGUCACCAUUAAUAAUAAUCCUAAAUUUUAAAAAUUAAAAAUUUUACUCUACAUCAAAUAUUAAAUUUGUAAUUUGGUAAAUGGUUUUAAUUUUAUACUGUUUUAAGGAAUUCAUUGUAUUUAUCAUCACUAUAAAACUCUAAAUAAUAUUAUUGUCCUGUUCAAUGUUAGUAGUUUAUGAUAUACUGGUAUAUAAUUCAUUUGUUCCUGUUGUAAAUGUUAAAAACUUGAUACUGUUUGAAGUACCUGUGAUGCAUACAAUACUAUAGCCUAUAAUAGUAUGUAAGAACACAAAAUAAUUUUUGUUAAUAUUCAUUAGUUAUUAGUUUAUUACUUAAUUUUAAUUGAAUAUUGUAUUAUCCAGUCUACUGGUGGCUGAUCCACAUAAUUGAUGAAAUAUAUUUCAUCUAUUCUGUAACUGAUCUAUGAAUAUUAGAUGAGUGUUCAUUUUAGUGUUUGUGCCAUUUGUGGCCUAAUCAAAUAAAUUACAUCUUUAAAACUAAAAUGUUCACCUAUCACACAAGACCAAAAUAAAUAUUCUGUAUUGACAGUGAUCUUAAAAUAAAUUUAUUUGUACAAUGUUGAACA